CCGGUGGCCUGAAUGGAGUCGUUGGCUGGGUACGUUCACAAGGCGGCAAGCGAAGGCCGAGUCCUGACACUGGCCGCUCUUCUUCUGAACCACCCCGAAUCUGAAACGCGGUACCUACUGAACUAUGUGACGCAUCUAGCUGGCCAACGUUCUACUCCUCUCAUAAUCGCCGCUCGAAACGGACAUGACAAAGUUGUCAGGUUGCUCUUGGAUCAUUACCGGGUGGACACAGAGCAGACAGGCACGGUCAGAUUUGAUGGAUAUGUCAUCGAUGGGGCCACAGCCCUCUGGUGUGCUGCAGGUGCAGGGCAUUUUGAGGUGGUGCGUUUGCUGGUGUCUCACAACGCCAAUGUAAACCACACCACUGUCACCAACUCCACUCCACUGCGGGCUGCUUGUUUUGAUGGUCGUUUGGACAUUGUUCGCUACUUAGUGGAGCAUCAUGCUGACAUUAGUAUUGCCAACAAAUAUGACAACACCUGCCUGAUGAUCGCAGCUUACAAGGGUCACGCGGAUGUGGUGCGCUACUUGCUGGAAAAGGACGCAGACCCAAAUGCCAGAGCUCACUGCGGGGCCACAGCACUCCACUUUGCUGCUGAGGCCGGCCACCUGGACAUAGUCAAGGAGCUGGUGCGUUGCCAGGCUGCCAUGGUGGUGAACGGCCACGGCAUGACGCCACUGAAGGUGGCGGCAGAGAGCUGCAAGGCCGACGUGGUGGAGCUUCUUCUCACGCACGCUGACUGUGACCCCCAGAGCCGUAUUGAGGCCCUGGAGCUGCUAGGCGCAUCUUUUGCCAAUGACCGGGAGAACUAUGACAUCCUCAAAACCUACCACUACCUUUACCUGGCUAUGCUGGAACGGUACCGCGACCCUCACAACGUCAUCGCUAAAGAACUGCCGCCACCCGUAGAGGCUUACGGCGGGCGGGGAGAGUGCCGCACGCCGCAGGAGCUGGAGGCCAUCCGUCAGGACCGCGACGCGCUACACAUGGAGGGCCUGAUGGUGCGCGAACGUAUCCUGGGAGCUGACAACAUCGAUGUUUCCCACCCCAUCAUCUACCGCGGUGCCGUCUACGCCGACAACAUGGAGUUUGAGCAAUGCAUCAAGCUUUGGCUGCACGCGCUGCAGCUGCGUCAGCGGGCUAACCGCAACACACACAAGGACCUGCUGCGAUUCGCGCAGGUCUUUUCACAGAUGGUGCACCUGAAGGAGCCGGUGCGUGCCACCGACGUGGAGCAGGUGCUGCGCUGCAGCGUGCUGGAGAUCCGCAGGAGCAUGGCCCGCAUGGAGAGCGCACCUGACACCGAACUGCCGGCCGCCACCGACAACUACGAAUCCAACAUUUUUACUUUCCUCUAUUUGGUCUGCAUCUCCACCAAGACGCAGUGCGGGGAGGAGGAGCGGGCACGCCUGAACAAGCAGAUCUACGACCUCAUCCGACUGGACCCACGCUCACGGGAAGGCUCCUCGCUCCUGCACCUGGCCGCCAGCGCGAGCACGCCGGUCGACGACUUCCACACCAACGACGUGUGUAGCUUCCCCAACGCACAGGUCACCAAAUUGUUGUUGGACUGCGGCGCGCAGGUUAAUGCUGUGGACAAUGAGGGAAACAGCCCCCUCCAUCUCAUCGUGCAGUACAACCGACCCAUCAGUGACUUCCUCACUCUCCAUGCCAUCAUCAUCAGCCUGGUGGAGGCUGGCGCCCACACGGACAUGACCAACAAGCAGAAGAAGACGCCGCUGGACAAAAGCACCACGGGAGUGUCGGAGAUCCUGCUCAAAACGCAGAUGAAGAUGAGCCUCAAGUGCCUGGCAGCACGUGCUGUUCGGCAGCACCACAUAAUCUAUCGCAACCAGAUUCCUAAAACUUUGGAGGAGUUUGUGGAAUUCCAUUGA